GUGAAAAAUUAUCUGCAGAGGAGUUGAAUAGCUAAGUACUGGAACAACAGCUGAUUUUUGGUUUGUUUCUUCCAACAUGACCAGUCCCCAGCCCGCAAUAGAAGGUGGAAUUUCAGAAGUUGAGAUAAUCUCGCAACAAGUAGAAGAGGAGACCAAAAGUAUAGCUCCUGUGCAACUUGUUAACUUUGCUUAUCGAGAUUUACCACUAGCUGCACUCGAUCUAUCUGUGGCAGGGUCCCAGCUCUUGUCAAAUUUGGAUGAGGAGUACCAAAGAGAAGGAUCUAACUGGCUAAAACCGUGCUGUGGGAGACGAGCAGCUGUGUGGCAAGUAUUUUUGCUCAGUGCAAGUCUCAACAGUUUCCUGGUAGCCUGUGUAGUAUUGGUGGUGAUUCUCCUGACUCUGGAACUCCUAAUAGAUAUAAAGCUUCUCCAGUUUUCAAAUGCAUCACAGUUUGCAGGAAUUAUUCACUGGAUCAGCCUAGUCAUCCUGUCCGUGUUCUUUUCAGAGACUAUUUUGAGGAUUGUGGUUCUUGGCAUAUGGGAUUAUAUUGAAAACAAAAUAGAGGUCUUUGAUGGCGCUGUGAUAAUCUUAUCCUUGGCUCCAAUGGUGGCCUCCACAGUGGCCAAUGGCUCAAGCAGUCCAUGGGAUGCCAUCAGUCUCAUUAUCACUCUGCGGAUUUGGAGAGUUAAGAGAAUUAUUGAUGCCUAUGUACUACCAGUGAAAGUGGAAAUGGAAAUGGUGAUUCAACAAUAUGAGAAGGCAAAGGUCAUUCAAGAUGAACAGCUGGAAAGAUUAACCCAGAUCUGCCAAGAACAAGGGUUUGAAAUUAGGCAGUUGAGGGCCCACCUCGCUCAGCAAGAUCUGGAUCUGGCUGCUGAGAGAGAGGCUGCACUGCAAGUCCCCCACAUGCUGAACCAGCAGAGCAGCAAUAGAUAUAAGGUAGUGGCAACUGGGGACUCGGAUGAUGAAGCCACAGAGAACAUCACUGAGUUACGGCCUGCGCGAGAGGCCAUGGUCAAAGAUGAUAUGAAUAAUUACAUCAGCCAAUAUUACAAUGAGCCCAGUAGUGACAGUGGAGUUCCUGAGGCAGCUAUUUGUGUCAUUACCACAGCAGCCAUAGAUGUACACCACCCAAACAUAUCUUCUGACCUGUUCACAGUGGAUGUGCCAAUGAAGAUAGGAAGUACUGGAACUUCCACUAGUGCCACUUCAGGCAGUGUCUCCAGAUCCACAGACAGCUCUGUAACUAGAGCCCAGAGUGACAGCAGCCAAACCUUUGGCUCCUCCACAGACUGCAGUACAACCCGGGAGGAGUCUUCUGAGUAUUGCCCCUUAGAGAGGACGGGGAACACAAGACAUGACCAAAUCGAUCCAAGGCAGAGGGUCAACAAUGCAGUAGUUCAGGAACUGUUAUCAUCCUUAUCAGAGGAUUCAUGCUUAACACAAAAAGGAUUGGAUCCAGUCAACCUCAAACUACCAACUCCAGCAGGUUCCACUACAGCCAGCCCCGAGCUGGAGCACAGAGUGAACAUUUACAACAGGAAGAACCAAGAGAGCUUUGACGUGUUCCAGAUUAAACCAGCUAUCCGCUUUCAGCAGAAUGCCCCAGUGAUCGACGACAAGUACAAAUCUUUGGAAUCCAAAGAGCCAAAGUUAAACAGGGUCCCAGAUUCAUAGUUCUCCACCAUGGUGAGGAAAAACAGGAGACGUUCUAAGCUUUAAUGGUGCGCUCAGAAUUACCACUGGCUGGAUAGCUUGCUGCUUGCGUGGUUUGAAUUAACUGAAUAUUCAUAAAUGCAUGAGUUCUGAGAGCCAGCCGAAAACCAUGACAUUUCCAGGUUCCGAGGUCCUCGGGCUCAGCCCUGACAAGAGAGGAAACAUUCUGUAUUACAGAACAAUGACCUCAAAGAUGUACAGAUUCUUAAUCUUUGUUUUGCAAGGGUUUGUUUUUUUUCUAAAAUAAACAUUUUUUAUGGAAUUCUGAACAACUUCUGUCAGGUCAGGCUUCAGCAGGGUAUGAUACUCAUAAAUGUAAACUUCUUCUAAAAUUUCUUACCGCCCCUUUGUACAUGACGACAGUUGUAAAUCCCUUUGUACAAAUACUGGCAAUUCUUUUUCUUCUUCCCCAAAACUUUUUUCAAGGAGCACUUUGGGCAAUGCAGAUUAAAGAAACAAAAUAUCUGAUCAGUUUUUAUUUUUGCAUGAACUCUUUAAAAAACUUAUUUUGGAAAAAAAAAAUCUGGUUUUCACCUCCAAGCCAACUUGGUGAGAGAACAAUGGACAUUUUGCAAAUUCAAUUUUAAUUAAAAAAAACAAGCAAACAAACUAAAUGUUUGUUCUAUGCUUUUGUUCACUGAUGUUAUGGGCUGGGCUAUAGGCAUAAUGAAAUACUGCAAUUAGCUUCCACUUUGGGGGAAAUAUGUUAGUCUCAUUUAUUAUGUGCCACAGAGUUUGUCUACACAGCUUGCACAUAAUAUAUUGAAAUGAUUGGAUUCGGACAAAAGCCUUUUCUGAUCUCAAUAACCUUAGGGGUUUUUUUAACUCAACAACCUUAGUCUGAAGUGUCCAAAUAUAAGGGUUAACUCUUAAGGUUUUCCUAGCUCUGGCCAUGGAUUUUACAAUUCAGCAUGACAGGAAUGUGCUUAUGCAGCUUGUGUGCAGGGGUAAGUUGCACUGGGGUGAUCCUCUGAGAGCCAGUGAUGUCCUCUGUCUGGGGCACAAAGGGACCCCAGUACAGCCUGUCACAUGGGCUACUGGGUAUAUUCAUUUUUAUAUAUAUAUAUCUGUGUUGCUGCAGCACACAGAACUGAUUGUAUGGAAAUGCAUACAAGUUUCUGCCCUUUCAAGAAUUCUGCGCUGGUGCUGCGGGAAGGUGUAUUGUAAAGCCCCAGCUAGCCUGGCAAGCGCACACAUACAACUAGGACUUCAGCAGAAGUUGCCUACGCACUGCUGCCCCAACAUGACUUCAGGGUAGUAGUAAGGCAAACUGAAGAAAUCAUUGGUUUUGCAGUAGUGGUUUUUUUGGUAGCCUGGCAUACUUGCCAGUAUUUCAACAGUAGGUUGAAAUAAGAAAAUAGGAGUUGGCAUAGGAGGACAGACCAGUGGUCUAUUAGCCCAGUAUCCUGCUUUCCACCAGCAGUCAGAGCUAGAUAAAUCACAGGAAGGUGAAACACCCACACUAAUUGUGUAUCUCUGUACAGAGUAGCAGAAAGACAAUAUUCUGAACCCAGCCAAUGAUUGGCUAUGUGCCUUUGCUAAUGAAAAUGCUGGUGCUGGGUUUAAGUCAUAAAAGUCUAAGCUAUUUACAAAACUUACUUUUGCCUCCAGGAUCUUUAGCAGCAGAGAAUUUUGUGACAAAUUAUAUCUAUGUUCUAUUUUUAAUUUGCUGCAUCCUAAUUUCAUUGAGUGCCUCCUGUUCUUCAUUCAGAUAGCUAGCCAUAAAAUGAAUUCACAAUUACAACUACUGCUAAGCUCAAAACUAAGCAGUCACUAAAGGCAAGACUUUUUUUUCUCCUUUUUUCAGAUGGGCUCAACUCUCACAACUGGAGCCAAAUUCUCCUAAGAGCUCAGUCCGCAUUCAGAAACUGGGAGCUCCUGGGAGAUAAGUGUUACUGGACAUGGUCAUGAAUAGAAUAUGUCCAAAAGUUCCCUAAAAUUGCCUUUGAAAGGAAAGCAGCACCUAAUUUCCUUUUCAAAAAAUAACAAUACCCAUUUUCCCAAAGAGCCUAACAGGGUAGCCAACUGCCACUCCCUUUGUGUUUUCAAUUGUGUUUUUAAUUGAUAAAUGUGUCUGGUUUUAAUUAAAAAGUUAUAUAUGAACCUAC